AUGGUUGAUUGGAUUCGUUUUGAUAAAAAUCGCAAGAUUGACCCAUACACGAACUCGCAGUUUGGGUCUACCAAGCGCGAGAUCAUAAAUAAUAUGUUAUUUUUUAACUAUAUAUACAUCAAGAGCGACGUUCCCCUGUGUGUUUACUACCGGAGGUGUGUUAAGUUAGUGAGGUCACACAUUCUCAUGGAAUCUUCAAUUUUGAGUCAGGAAUCUUUCAAAGGUCAUAGCUAUAACCUAAAUAUAGAUGAUUUGAGGACCAAAAACAAUAUAUAUGUACAUAUUAGUGACAAACACCGAAACGGAGAUUCCAUAGACACAAACAGCACAACCAAUGGUCAAAACCAACAACUUAACCGUGAGGGAAUCAGGAUAUGUGCAUCUGGCUCCUGUGUUCGAAAGGCGCUUUAUCUACUCCAGGAUAUACUCACAUUUUUGUCAAAUUAUUACUUCACAGACUCGCCAUCACUUUUAGCGAACAAGCCGAAACAUUCAAAGUCAAGUAAACGUAAAAAGCCACUGCACGCAGACAGGAGCGAAAGUAUAAAAACUUUAGAUACCGAGUCCCCGAGUUCAUCAAAUAAGGAGGCACUUGAACAGGAACUGAAAAGGUUGUUCGACGUUGAAAUUUCGACGGAUACAAUACAUUCGGUUGACGACACCUGGAGUUUCGAAGCAACUUCGAAUGAUUUCGACAGCGCCAAAGGAAAGGUGUGUAUCAUCAAUAACAAUAACGAUUAA